AUCUCGGACGCUUUCAUAGCGAAACCCCACUCCCACGCCAACGCUAUAAAACCCCAAAUAUCUAACGAGAAAAAACUUUCUGAGCACUGAAUCAAGAAGGCUUCAGGACAUUUUGAAAUCUUUCAGCAUUCCUUCAACUUUGUCUCUUUGCGUCCCAAGCACCGGCGAGCCGCCCUACCCCUGGCACCAGAGACCCGUACACCAGCACGUCGAUUAUUUGAGGCCAACUGCAAAUCCCUCGCCGCCCUUUUCCGCGGCCCGUUGCACUCUCUGCACUCCCAGUUACUCUGCCCGGGCUAGGGCCAACCAGCGUGAGCCCCACCACAGGGCCGUUCAACAUACACCUCUGCACCGCUUAUGCAAAGCACCCAUACCACCCCAGACACCCGGUACACCCUGCACAAAAACAAAAACAAAAACAACGAAGCAAGCCCCACGCCCCAUCGUUCCUAAACGUCAUUAGCACCCACUCUCCAUACAUCCUCCACGCAUGCCCGACAGACACAAACUCAAGCUUUUCGGGCACUUCAAGCCGGACACUCUGCACGACGAGCCACUUGACAAAGCAGUGUCCAACCUGCUGCAGCAUGGCAGUGGCCGUCGCUUCCUCGGCUUCCACAUUGGCCGCCAUGAGUCGCAAGACUCUUUGGCAUCGCCCACGCUCACGAACUCGCUGGAUCACCGCGGCGGGGCCACCACCCCACCCGUCCAGCCAUCCGCCGGCACAGCAGUUCACUCGCCGGGAAUUUUGUCCCAGCACCACUCGCAGCAACAAGACAAACGGCCGGCCGCUGCGGCCCAUGAUGAAUCACUAGCGGUGAACAAGUCCGUGAGCAUGAGCGAGAUUAAGCGGCUCUUCAAGCCCACUAGAAAAACGCUGAAGACACAGGCCAGCACGUCUCACGACCACCACAGUGGAUUGGGAAGCCCCGGUGGUGCAGCAGAUCUGAACAUGCACAGUAGAGAGCCUCUGCUGGCCUCGUUGGCAGCACUCAUCCAGAACACACUGUCGCAACUCCUCCAGCAACUGCAGCACCAAACGACGAAGAAGGGCAAGGACGCACCGUAUGUGGAGCCAUUCACCCAUGAUGAGCUGCCCCUUGUCAAGAAGUACGGAAAGGUACAUAAGGAGCUUGGCUCGGGCGCGGGCGGCUCCGUUCGUUUGAUUAUCCGGCCCCUGGAUGGUAAGACCUUUGCCGUCAAGGAGUUCCGACCCCGCAGAAACACUGAGUCUUUCAAAGACUAUACCCGGAAGUGCACGGCGGAGUAUUGUAUCGGCUCUACAUUGCGCCACGCCAAUAUCAUUAAGACCAUUGAUAUUCUCCACGAAAACAACCGCUACUAUGAGGUCAUGGAGUACGCGCCGAUUGACUUUUUCGCCGUCGUCAUGAGUGGUGAGAUGUCCCGACAGGAGAUAAACUGUUGCCUCAAACAGAUCUUGGAAGGUAUUAGCUACUUGCAUUCUCUAGGUUUGGCCCACCGUGACCUUAAGCUAGAUAAUUGCGUUCUAACAAACGAAGGUAUCUUGAAAAUUAUUGAUUUCGGCAGCGCUGUAAUUUUCAAAUACCCAUACGAUCAGUAUGGUCUGAAGCACGAGAUCCACCAUUGCCAUGGCGUUGUUGGGCUGGAUCCAUAUCUUGCACCAGAGGUGUUGACUAGUCUGAACUCGUAUAACCCACAACCAGUUGAUCUUUGGUCGAUCGCCAUUAUCUACUGCUGUAUGACGCUAAAGCGCUUCCCCUGGAAAAUUCCCUCCCCUGAAAAGGACAACAGUUUCAGGUUGUAUGCGAUGGACGAUGACAACUGGCAUGAUUACGACUUGUCUAAUGCGUGCCACAAACUCUUAUUAAGACAGCGCCACUUGAAAAAUAUAGUUGCGCGCCUGAACAAAAAAAAGAAACUCUUAAAGGCCAAAGAAGAGGGGGCCGACAGCCCGUCACCGCCCCCAGAAAUACUUGCGAAGCACGCCCCGUCCCCAGGGCCGGACUCUGCCGCUACUCAUGCUGGAGAAGAUGCAGAGUUGGACGAAAAGCUAAAGGCGCUUGGUGCUGUUGAUAUAUUAAGCAUUGAACAAUCUCAAGAAAUUCUUGAAGAACUCAAGCAGAUAGACAAACAGUUGGACGAAUACGAGCGUAUAAAGAACGAAAUGAAAAACUCGUUUGCUCAGCAGCGCAACCGCGAACAUCAUACUCAACACGUCGACCUGGACCAUGCAACGGCUGGAAAAGAAGAUCCUGCUGGCAAUAUGAGAAGGAGCAAGUCUAAUCACAAGCAGAUUCACGGCCCAUACAGGUUGAUGCGCUUGCUUCCACAUGUAUCGCGUCCCAUCAUUCACAAGAUGCUACAAAUAGACCCUCUUAAGCGAGCUACUAUUGAGGAGAUUCUUGAAGACGACUGGAUUAAGGGCAUCAAGUGUUGCACAUUGAUCCCUGGACGCAAGACUUCAAACAAAAGCAUAGACGAAGAUGGAGACCUCGUUUUUGAGCGUGGAAAACCGUCGCAUGAACACACGGUUGUUUGUGAGGAUGAAAAGAAAGAGUGAUCAUAUUGUUCUACUGUGACAACUAGAAAAGCGGAGGUCGAUUUGAAAUGUGAAAGCCUCGUUGGAGUAAGAGGGCUCGAAUAAGUCGAAGACUAUAAAAGAUCUACACAGGUGUCAAACCAAACACAGCCAAGUGACUUCCAUGGCUUUUGUUUUGGUCUGUUGUGUCUGGUAUUGCCUGAAUUUGCAGCAAUCUCGAAAUUGGGCAC